UUUAUUUAUGUCGGAGAGGAAAAUGGCGACUUGGCAACACGAAGCUUUCGUUCGGCAGUGUUUGACAGUUUUUUAAAAACGUGAAAAACUGAAUUUGUUGGCUCUGUGGACAUCUUUUCAUCAUGAUAAAACCGAGGCAUCUACAUUUUACCAUCAGUGAGCUUCCGUAGGCCUAAUCCCCAACAAUGUCAUCAUCUACCAAUGAAGUACCUUCCUCGCCAACAACUACUACCCAAAACGGCACAACCCCAGGAACGGACCCACUGACGCCCCUCAACACCAAGGCUUCCUCGUUGACAGACACGGACAGCCUUGCGGACCUCCACCAGUACGCCAGUCAAUGGGCCGCCGACACUAGAGGGCGCUUGGACAGGGGGUUGCGGAGGGAGGCGGGGUCAGUGGCGACGGAGGAGGAUGUCUUUGAAUUGAUGCAACAAUUGAGGGAGGUCUUUAUCGCUACGCUACAGAACAACAGCCCAGCUCACUGGAGAUUCCUUCAAGAUGUUUUGGAUCUCAUCGUGCCCUACACCCAUCUCAUUGAAGAUCGACAAGAGAUCUCCCACUAUGUGGAUAGGAUUUACUACCAGGCCCAACAGAGGGCUAUGAAACAUCAACCUCUCCUGAACAUCAUGGAUAGUCUGGCCAGUGUCUUUCCAAAGCGUGUAGAACUUCUUACCGCUUCCGGGGGCGACAACAGGAAUUUCCGGACCCCUACUCCACCCGCAGUGAGCCUGCCUAGCUUGGAUGAUAACUCCCAUGACCCUAUGCUCCUACCAGACGGCAGACAUCCUUACACGCUGGAACGACCCGGUGAGGAGGCCCGAUUCCAGCCCAAGGUUCUGUGCUUCAGUGACCUACGGGAAGCCCUGCCUGCUGUGGUGCAGGAGACCACCAAACGGGAAGCUGUCUGGAGCGAAGGAUUGGGAUUGACUGCUGCUGCACUCAACCUGGAUCUACAGGAAAAGGCAUCUUCCGAAUCCGUCCUUGCCAAGUCUUCCACCGUACAAGAGACCCCGCCCUCCUGGACUGUUGACUCCACCCUCUUUAAGGAAGACUAUGCCGUCAGUGAGGAAGAAGAAUCGCUUCCCCCUCCCCCACCCCUGACAGGCAAGGAGGCAGUGGAGCUCUUCGGCAAGGGACGUCACCUUGGCAAGGCCAAGUUUGUCUACCUCAACAAGGCUCCCAACCGUCAUUUCCAGCCCUAUGACCUGGUGGCCGUUCCAAAACACAAGGCGGAUCCCACUGAGCACUGGAUUGUAUCCUGCUUUGGCAUCAUGCACAAGGUCAAAGGUCAGACCUCUGAAAGCAUGUCACUGUAUGACUGGCACAGGGAAGCCAUCCUGUGGAGCACGCUCACCAAGAUGCCGUUCUUCAAGUAUUUCCUCAUCAGAAAGGCAUUUCACAGGUGGCGGUCCAAUAAGAAGUUCUUGGAGUACAGCAGCAUCCGUCGUCGCAUCCAGCAGUCGCUGCUACCUGCCGUGCCGCUGUUUGGUGCUGCCUUGCUGCAGGUGUCUAAGCUGCUGCAGGAACUGUCCACAGUCAAGCUGCUACCCUUGGAACAAGACCGUUGUUUUACCCUUGCCGAGUUUGAGCAUGCUGCCAAGAUGAAACAACGAGCUGGUGAAGGAAUCCUGGACAAGUUCUUCAAUUACUGCAAGCUGAUCUUGGAAAGAACUUGCCAGGAUUCCUUUGACAAGUUGCAUUUCUGUGAGGCACAGGCCAAGAAAGACAAGGCACUCUUUUCAAAGGAGUCCCUUUAUGUCCAACGCCAGAAGAAGGAACAGCGAGAGCAGAACCUGAAAAAGGCCCAGGAGGAAACGAGGUAUCUUGGCAACUUUGUCCAGUUGGUUGAUCAGAUCCUGCUGUGCCACCUCCUCGCCCUCGCCAGGACAAACAUCUGCCAUUUUGUCAACGACACCAUGGGUUGUGGUUCCCAUGGCAACCGAGAGGCGCUGUUUGCUGCCAAGCUGGUGUUCAACGAAGACAGUACGUUGAGCCUGUACCCCAGCCGACAGACCUUCACGGACAGCCUGACCAAACUACUGCAUCAGAUCCCCACCCUGAUCACCAGCAAGUCGCACCCUAUGGAGACGGUGGCUAGCGGCUGGGUGGGCGGGGAGAAGGAGCCCAGUCAGAAGGAGGUAUCACCCAUGAGGAAGAGUGUCCAUGACAGACAUCAGCCAGCUGAAUCCAUCCCCGACAACAAGUCCACCACUACUACCGCUCGCAAGUCCACCGUCACUUUCAAGUCCGGCCCCAAGACGACGGAAGCAGCCCGGACGGAGUCAGAGAUAGACCUACCCCAACUGGACGAUGAAGACUCUAGUCGCGGGUCGGACUCCCACGAUGGGGAAAGUGAUUACGGAAGCAUGGAUGAAACUGACUUCAAUGCAGAGCAGACUGAGGAAGGCGGCAUUGCCAUCAGUGCUCCAAUUUUGUCGGAAAGAGAGGAAAGGACCAAGUCUACUGACCAGCUAGGGGUCGCGACCCCUGACCUGGUCAUGAAGGCCCAGUUCCAGGAUGACCUGCAGGUCAGAGGUCAUGGCAUGAUGGGUCAGUACAGCCCACUCAACAAGAACAACCUCAUGGACACGCUUGAAAAUGACGUUGAAGUGACGGCGGCCAUGGCCAACUAUCAGUCCCUGAUGGAGUCAGCGGCUCAAGACAUCAAGGCAUUCUGUGACGAGCAAGCAUGGUUGACGGAGAUCCAUCAGUUUACAUUGAGCUGGAGGCCGGAGUCAGUCCAGGCCUGGAAACGUGCCCAGGCUUAUACUGUGGAGACCAAACUUGGCCAGAUCAGGGACUGGAGCGAGAAGGUCCGCAACGUGGACCGGAGCUUCAGGACCAGCAACGGCCUCUUCCAUGUGGACUGCGGCGCCAUACAGGAGGACCUGGUGCCGGCCCUGACCUCGGCCUUCAGGGACCUGCUGAACUUUGCCGCUAGCGAGGCCAAGAAGUUCUCCAUGGCUUUCAUCUCGGAGGUCAAGAUGGUUGUUGAGGGCAUGAAGAACAAAGACACAGACAUCGCCGUCUUUGCCAACUACGCCCAGCAGUACAGCACCUACAAAGUCAAGAUGCCAGACCUGCAGAAGGAAGUGGAGUAUAUCAAGUCGCUCUUCGAGGUGAUUCGUCUGAGCUACCGCUCCCUGACCACAGAUGAGGAGAAAUGUGAGGAGAAGGUCUGGCAGAGCUGGGAAGCCUUCCUGCUGCAGUUGCAGGAUGCCGCUGAGUUUGUCAACACCCAGACCCCGAUCCAGAUGAGCUACUUGGAGGACACAUAUGAGAAACUGAACGCAGAAGCGGUGCGUAUUUCAAGCACAGCAACCAGCGGUGACUACCUCGACCCCUCCAGGAACCCGACCAAGCUCCUCCCACCCCUCAAAGCGCUGAUCGAAGAGUUCAACAGGGUGCAGACCCGCAUGGUGCAGUGCAGCCACUACCGGGAGAAGAUCAUAGGCCAGAAGUUCGAGACGUCUCAGCUGGGCCUCAUGCUGGCCAAGAUGAAGAUCCGGCUGACUCUCUGGAGCUUCCUGGAGGUGUCUAGCUACAACAUCAAGGACUGGAAACAGCAGCUCUUCAGGAAGAUGAAUGUGACCAAGGCGCUGGACAAGGUGACCGAGUGGCAGAUGGCAGCAGGCCAGUUGAAGCAGCAGCUUCCUCCCGGCGAUCGGGUCCUAGCUCACUGGUACCGCCUUCUGUCAGACUUCAAACAAGACCUGCCGCUACUCAAGAAACUCUCCAGUAACUCACUCAAGCCUCGCCACUGGAAGGCCCUCUUCGUCAGCCUGGGUCAGGUCUACGAGCCCUCCCACCCCUACACUGUCCAGGAGCUGCUCUCCUUCAGCCUGAGCGAGCACAGCCUGCAGAUCAACACCAUCUGCAACGGGGCGGCCGGGGAGUUUGCCCUGGAGCAGUCGCUGAUCAAGCUCAGGAGGCUGUGGGAGGAGAAGGAGUUGAAGCUGGCCAAGCACAUCCCUGUCGUCAAGCCAAAGAAAGCCGUGGUUCCAGGCAGCAGCAGUAAACACAAGAGAGGAACCAAGGGGCAUUCUAAAGAUGCUUCAAGCAGACAGCCAGUAGCUACUAAUAUGCCGGCUAUCACCAACUUACCGGAUAUGUUUAUACUGAUUGGAGAGGCGGAGCUUAAAUAUAUGCUGGAGGAUAAUCUGGUGACUCUGCAGUGCAUGCUGGUCUCACCCCACCUCGCCGAACUGCGCACCGAGGCAGAGGUCUGGUGCUCGACCCUCAGACAUGUACAGGAGAUGCUGGACCUGUGGACCGCUUGCCAGACUAAGUGGCUGUAUCUUAGUCGAGUCUUUGGCGACGGCGAUUUGCGGGAACAGUUUCAAGAUUUGGCCAUCCAGUUUGACAGCGUUGACCUCAAAUACCAGGAGAUUAUGAAAGCCGUUGUCGCUGAUCCCAAGGUCCUGUCCGUCUUAGAGAAGCGCAAAGGUCAGAAGGGUCACCGCGAGCUACAGGGGGAUACACUCCGAGAACUUUUGUCAUCACUGAUCAUCAAAGAGGAGGAGCUCCUGAAAGGCCUGACCUCCCUCCUAGACCGCGCCCGCAUCGCCUCGCCCCGCCUCUUCUUCCUGAGCGACGAGGAGCUGAUUGACAUGUUGUCCAUGACCCGAGAUAAGCGUCGCUGGGUCCCCAUGGUCCGACAGCUCUUUCCGGGGAUACAGGAUCUGGAGUUUGCUUUACCGCCAGCUACUAAAGACGAAGCUGGCAUGAUGCAGACAUCGUUUGAUUUGCAACUGCAUGCCAACAGACUCCAGGUUGUUGCCAUAGAGGGCGCUCUUGGAGAAGAGGUCCCUCUGGCCACGCCCAUCAGCCCCAAACUAGAGCCCCCGCAGUGGGUGGCUGGACUGGAGACUACCACGAAGAACACCCUGGGGGCACAGCUACAGGCUUGUCUGGAGACUAGGAUGAGAGGAGAUCGCGCUGCACCAGACAAGAUCCUGGCCGAGCUGAGCCUCCUGGAGGGACCAGCGCCCUCUACCGACGGCGAGGAGGCCAAGCUGAAGAGCGCCCUCAAGCGCAGCUUCAGCCACUGGCUGCUGCGCUUCCCGGUGCAGUGCGUGCUGGUCACGGAGGCCAUCCUGUGGUCGGGGGACGUCAGACGCGGGUUGAAGGACGCAAGGAAGGAGACACUGAAAGGGAUCAGCGAUCAACACCAGAAUCGUCUUGACCAGUAUGUCGCCAUUCUGAGGGAUAACUGCAGCCGAUAUCUGACCUCUGAGACGAGGACCAGACUACAGAUGCUGCUAGGAGCACUGGUCAGUGCAGGGCUCCGCCAGCGGGACGUCAUGCAGACCCUGAUGUCCCUGCCUGAGCCUUCACUGAGUAGCUUUGAUUGGCAGAAGACACUCCAUUAUGUCAUGGAGACCAGGCCAAUAUUGCAAGUGCAGACUGAGACACAAGAUGACGUUGAAGACCAAACACAGGGACUCGAUGUCCCGCCCACACCCAAGCCAUGCCCAUACACAUCCGUCAAGGGCAAAAUCUUUGGCCCCUGCACAAUCCACCAGCUCGGAGCCUCAUUUGCAUAUGAUUACGAAUACCUGGGUCAGGACGCGCCAUUGGUCAGCACACCGUUGAGUGACAGGUGCCAGCUGGCCAUGACCACGGCGCUGAGGAGUUUCCAGUGCGGGACGGUGAUGGGACCGGAGCAGACGGGCAAGGCGGAGACCAUCAGGGAUCUGGCCAAGGUCAUGGGUCGUCACCUGGUGACCUUUAACUGUGCGGAGGACACCAACAUGAACGUACUGACCAGACUGCUUAGUGGAAUGGUGCUGGCUGGAAGCUGGGUGAUGUACACCAACCUGAACCACAUGACAGAAGGUUUGAUGUCUGUGUUUGGUCAGCAGUUGGAUCAUCUCUGUCAAGCCGUUAGGAUUCUCCACACAUCCACAGACAACCAGUAUGGGACCAGGGGCUUCUCCCGACUGCCCAGACAGCGCAGAAAGUCUCUGGCCACACUGCAUUCCACCUGCCCAGAGGAGCAGGCUGAAGCACCCAGGAGACGUGUGUCGCACCAUCACAAAAAGGAAUCCAAAACCAGGAUCUUCUCCAUCACACCAGACGUCGUUGACAAGCCAGAGCCCCACAGCAUCCCCACCCUGCCCCAACGUCGACAUUCCAUCGGUAAAGAGUCUCGGAUAUCUGCCAAGGAUCACUAUACGGACCACUCACAGUCAGUCCAGCUGUUCCCUGAAUUCCAUGCUCAGGGCAACCAGUCAGACCCCCCAGCCUCGUCCGUGCCAUCCUCCCACUGGACCUACAAGCCCUCCAUCCUGGGCUACGUCAAGUUCAACGGCGCCCUCAUGCGAGCCAGCAGUAACUUUGGCUGCUUCACUACGCUCAACACCACCAGCUCUGUCACCAGUAAAAUUCCCGAUACGCUGAGAUCGUUAAUGCGUCCCGUCGCCAUGGUUAAACCAGACAUGCGGCUUAUACUGGAGAGCACCCUCUACUGUCGAGGAUUUGUCGCAGCUGACACCCUGGCGUCCAAGCUGUUCACCUUUUCAGAUCUUCUCCAGGCACAGUUUCCUGAGCGUACGGAGUGUGUCUUUGGCCUGCGUGCCAUGCAGGCUGCUAUCAACAUUGCCAUGGUCAGACUCUACUCCAAGAGACACGUCUACCAGCUAUCAGGCAGGUCCACACGCAACAGCAGCGUCCACACACCCGACCCUGCCACAGAAAGUGAUCCCUUGGAUCCGCCAGACGUCAUCGGCCUAGAGCAAGACGAGGAACACCGAGAGGAAGUGGCCCUAGUCUAUGCCAUCCAGGCCCUCCUUCUGCCCCGCCUGCAGACCCCCGACCACGCCCGCGUGGUCAGGAACCUGCUCCGUAGCGUGUUCCCCUGGGGUGGGAUGGGCCGGCCGGGUACGGCCGGUCAGGAACAUGACCCGUCGCUGGUGGACGCGGUGCAGUGCCAGUUUGUAGCUGACAGGCUGCAGGCCACGCCGCAGCAUGUCGCAAAGGUGUUGGAGUUGUACGACAGCAUGAAGCAGAGGUCAGGGGUCAUUCUAGUCGGUCCCUCAGGGAGCGGCAAGACGGUCUGCAGGGAGACAUUGGAACGAGUCUUGAAUACCUUACACUCCAGCCCGCCGACGAAAGACGACGGCGGGAACGGGUCUACCAAGAAAAUAUCCGUUGUGUCCUUUUCUAGUGACUUACCAGAGUCCCGAAGAUCGUCCGCCAGGGAGAAGUUCCGACGGUCUGCCGGACUCCUGGCCAAAGUCAAUCUCUCCUGGAUGGACAUCGCCAGUCAGGGAGCAGAGAAGAUCGUCUACCCUGCUGUAGACGCUAGCGUCAUCUUCCCCGAUGCCUUGUCAGUUGAAGAGCUGCUGGGCAAGUACGACCCGACUGCCCAUUCCUGGCGAGACGGCAUCCUGACCCGCCUUCUCCGCGACACCGCUACUUCAGCCUCCGCAGCCGAGGAGCUAGUCUCCGCCCAGACUGACAAGAAGAACAAAGCAUUACUCAACCCACCAAGCGUCAUUCAGCGCUGGCUGGUGCUGGACGGAGCUUUAAAUCCAGACUGGACGGAGAGUCUAGGAGCGCUGCUGAAGGGAGACUGCAGGAAGAUGAAUUUGGGACACGGGGAACAAGUACCGAUGCCUGAUUCCUGUUCAGUCCUGUUUGAGACCACAGAUCUGUCCACGGCCUCCCCGGCCCUGAUCUCUCGCUGUGGUAUCGUCCACUGUGGUAACGACGUCGUCCACUGGAAAUCACUAGCCGAGUCCUGGCUGGGCAGUGCCAAGUCGCAUUGGGAGGUCACCAACACCAGUGGUACUAACGUCCGCAGAUUAUACGAACCGUGGCUUUCUUAUAACAUCCACGGGAAAAUUAACAAACACCGCCUGCAGAUGCUAACCUCCCUCAUCGACGACACCCUACCCCAGACCAUCGACUUCCUCUCCCGACACUGCCAGCCCGCCCUCUCGGCCGACCUCCCUGCCUCCGCCGUUGCUAAGCAACGCAUCGUGGACGGCAUCCAGGAGGUCUCCUCCUUCCUGCGCAUCCUGUCUGCGCUGUGCGACAAGUUUCUCCUUCCAGACGAGGAAUCCUCUGUCAGCAGCAGCCCAGUCCCUGAUGGCAGACCCACCCCGUCACCCACCCCCAACCGCUCAGGGACAUCCAUGGCUAACGCCCCAGACCCCUCAGGACAACCCAACCCCACCAGCCUGGUUCUCUCCAUGUUUGCCUUCAGUUAUAUCUGGGGGUUUGGCGGCCAUCUGCAUCACAGAUACGUCGGAGUGUUCGACCAGUUUGCGCGGGAGACUCUCUCCCGGGCCAGCUUUGACAUCCACCUGCCAGUAGAGGGCAGUGUUUAUGACUACUGCAUCGACCCUCACCACGGCGUGCUGGUACCCUGGGGGGACCGGAACCAGGAUAAGGCCAAGACCCUGCCCUCUGGGUACACCAUCAUUCCCGAGGUGGAGAGAUAUUUCAACAUCAUAGAUCUUCUACUCAGCUCCAGUUGCCCUGUGCUACUGACUGGACCUCCUGGCGUAGGCAAGACGUCACUCAUGCAGAACAUGGUGCAUCCCAAACACUACUUCCUCAAGACCAGCCUGUCUCCCGGUCUGAGCUGUCAAUCAUUUGAGGAUGCCAUUGUCAGCAAGCUCCGCCCACGCAGCGUCGCCAUGGCAGCCGUUGCCACGGGCGGCCGGCAGCAGAAAUCGACUUCAAACCACCUCUUCUUUGUGGAUGAUUUGAAUUGCGCCCGUAAGGAUGAUAAAACAGGUUCUCUGCCUUGCAACGACGUCCUGCGCCAACUCAUGACCCACGGUGGCGUCUACGACCGCGAGCGUCUCUUCUUCCAGGCUGUCGAGGGUGCCAAUUUUGUAGCCAGCUGCGCCCCGCCGGGCACCCCGGGCAUAGGUAGUGGCAAGGCCUGCCACCCGGUGUCUCCCCGCCUGAGCCGUCUGUUCUGCGUUCUGUCGUUCUUUCCCCUGGGGUCGGGAGCCAUGGACAGCUUGCACCGGUCCAACUUGCAGGGGUGGUUGGAGGAGUUUCCGGCAUAUUCGCUGGCACACCACUACGAGAUGGCGCAGGCCUUACUGACGGCCACCCAGGACCUGCAGGCAGCCGUCAAGUCUCGGCUGGUCCCCACACCCCUCAGCCCACACUACACUUUCUCCCUGCAUGAUGUGAACCGCUUGAUCCAGGGACUGUACCUCAUGUCGCCUCACACCCGGGCCAGGCCUCGCCAUGGCAACCGGAGAGGGGGCGGGGCACGCCCACAAGCAGCAGCUGGCAGAGGUCGCAGGGUCGUUGCUAAAGGAGGCGAUGGCCAGGCAACCAAUGCAGCCCCGCCCAUGAUGAGGACGGUAGUCAGGCUCUGGUGCCAUGAAGCUACCAGGACCUACUGUGACAGAAUUGCCUCCAAGGAUGAUGAAUCCUGGUUCAGCAAGCUGCUGGAGCAGAUUGUGGAGAGACGCUUCUGCACUGGAGAGGAGAAACCACGGACGCUCACACCAGUCAACAAUGGAGAAUCCUAUCAGACAUCUAGCCUAGCUUCUGAUGAGGUAGAUGAGCCAGGCCUCACCCCUCCAAACGCUGCACUGUCAUCCGCAGCAAGAGGCACUGCUUCUGGGACAGAGGAGGGGGACCUUGAUUCCGAGAGGGACAUCACAUCAGCCACACCGUCGCUCCAGUCCUCUGCAGGAAGCACAUUGACAGAGCAGAGCAUCUCAGAAGAAGUUGACAAACCAGCUACAGGUGAGAGCAAUGACGUCCCAGCCGACAACACCGAGCCGGAACCCAGGCAACCCACCCCUCCGGUCAUCACCACGCACCAGCCCACCCCUCCUCCAAAGUCCACUCAACCCAAGGUCCUGACCCCGGCCAUCAAGGACGGACUGGCCAAACGCCGGGAUGGGGGUGAUCCGGCCCGUCUGGGGACUAAAGGACGCAGUCGAGGGGUGACGUUCCAGAUUGGGCCGGUGACGGAGUCUCAGGUUGACCGGUACCGAGGACCCCUGCUUACUAUGGACCAGAUUCAAAAGCCCGGAGAGAGUCUGUGUGACAUCGUGUUUGCCAAGUAUAUCGUGUCUGGCCAACGGGAGAGCGAACGAGGCUACGUUGAGUGCACGGAGCCGCAGCUGUUUGAAGGCCUACAGCGGAUCCUGAUGCAGUACAACAACACGGCGACUCAGCGGAUGGAGCUAGUCUUCUUCAAGGAGGCGAUGAGACACGUGGCUAAACUCACCAGGGUCUUUGCCACCCAAGGAGCAAACGCCCUACUGAUAGGCCUGACCUACGGCAUGGCUCGCUCUCCGCUCACCCGCGUCGCUGCCUUUGCUGCCCGCUGCAAGUUCUUUGACGCUACCAUGAGCCAGGCUGCCGGAGACAAUCCGGCCAUCCUCCGCGACAAGAUCAAGAAGGCGAGCCAAGUUGCUGGGUUGAUGGGCAAACCAGUGGUGCUGUCGGUGAGGGGCAGUUACGGGGUGAAGUGCCUUCAAGACGUGUCUGCUGUCAUGUUGGAAGGUACCUGCCCCGACCUCUACACCAGAGAAGAGCUGGAUAACAUUGCCUCUCAGAUGCUACCAGGGGCAAAGGUCACGGGUCACAGGAACCAACGCCUGGAGAUGGCACUGGAGAGAUUCUAUAGAAAGGUCAUUGCAAACCUUCAUGUGGUCAUCUGCAUCGACUGUGAAGAGGGUAGUCUGAGCUCGCUGCACAAGUGGUUUAGCCGGUUCCCGGCCUUGCUGAACGCCUGCUGCUGUGUGGAUAUCUACCGGCCCUGGAGCCACGAGGCACUGGUGAAUGUCGCCGAGCAAUGGCUGAGGGUGCCAACCAUGGAUGCGUACACUAGGAAGACUUAUCGAGUGCCCUGGUCCAGCCUCAACCCCUCAGCCCAGGUGACCGCGGUCAGCCACGCCAUGGCCUACGUCCACCGCUCGGCCAUGCAGGCAGUCACCAGACUCCACAGCAAACCCUUCAAGUUCUUCAGUCCGUUGACCUACGUAGAGUUCAUUGACCUCUUCAAGAACCUGGCCAGCAAGAUUGCCAAAGAGGAGAAGGCUACCGUCUUGAAGUACGAGCGAGCCCUAGAUGCCCUCAACGAGGCCUUUGAAUCCAUGGACGGGUUCACCCAGGAGCUGGAGAGACUCCAACCCUUACACCAGCAGGCUCAGGAGACGGCUGACAUGAGACUACAGGAAGUGGAGGAAUGCAAAGCUGUCUUUGCCGAGGCCAAAGGUAUGUGCCACCAGGAUGAGGACGACAUCGCUACAAUGCAGGAGCCUCUACUGGACAUGAAGAAGCAGACCCAGGACGAACUAGACAAGGUGAAUCCUGUGUACGAGGCAGCGUGGCACGCCCUCAAGAGUCUCAACUCUUCCGACCUGGAUGAGUUACGCACCUAUAGAGCGCCACCACAAGCUGUCAUCAAAGUCGUCAACGCUCUGUGUCUCAUGUUCAGAGAACCCUAUGAUUGGUUGAGUGGCAAAGCCCUGAUCAACCGCAACAACUUCUUCCAGGACCUAGAGUUCUACGACAAGACCUCCAUCGCGGACGACAUCUACCACAAACUCAACAUCCUCUUCAUCCAGGACCCGGCGUUCAAGCCGGAGAUCGUGGAGUCGUCCAGCAAGGCGGCGGCUUCUCUGUGCCUGUGGGUCCACGCGGUGUACGCCUACGCAACGAUCCACCGCAACAUGAGGCCUAAGCUACAACAGGUGGAGCAAGCUGAGGGCAAACUACACGAGGCCCAAGGUCACCUUGGUGAGAAGCGGGUCAAAGCCCAGGAUGUCAAAGGUCAACUGGAGGAGAAGGUCAAGCAAUACAAGGAGGCCAUGCGUCUAGUCCGCAGCCUGGACAAAGGCAUCAAGAGCAUCGAGGCCAAGAUUACAAGAGCCAACAGCCUCAUGACCAGCAUGGCCACCCAGCACGCCACCUGGAAGGGCCAUCUAGACCGCGCCCAUGCCAACCUCAAGACCGCGCCCGGCGACGCCCUACUAGCUGCAGCCAGCGUCUGUUACCAGGGACCCCUCGACCAGGCCGGCAGGGAGAAGCUGACGGGGGAGUGGCUGGAGAGGUGUAGGAGUGGGCGGUUUAGGGACGGGAACAGGGCUGGCACGUCCUCUGGGUUGGGAACUGACAAGAGCCCAGAGAGCAACGAGAAGAGACACAUGUCUGUUGAGAACGUCAACAAUUUUGAUUCUGGAGCUGGUCUUGACAACGGCCUGGAGGCUCGCAGCGAGUCUCUGUCCAGCGACAUCCUCCUAGCUCCAGCCAACAGCAGACUGAGCGGCACUACGACCGGGGACUCAGAACCAGAGAUGUAUCCCAUCGCGGUCAGGGAGAACUUCACAGCCGAAGCCAUUCUGAGUUCGCCAGAGGAGCAGAAAGCCUGGCAGUCCAACCUCACCCUCCCCCACGACCAAGCCUCGACCCACAAUGCCCUGUUCAUGCGGACCUGCUGCAUUGGCCGACAGCGCCAGUGGCCCUUACUGAUUGACCCUGAUGACCAGGUCGUGACCUGGGUCAAACUACUGCAGGAGAGAGGGGUGGUCAGCUUCCAUGAGGGCAUGGCCCUUGAGGAGGGAAGUGAAACACCUGCUGCGCUCUCCAUAGCCAACGUGAAUGAACUGGACGACCUAGAGGAUAGCUUGAGUAGAGAAACACCAACAACCAAACCCACCAGCCGGGGGACGUCGACGGACGACUGGGACACGGGCACAGAUUACCCAGAAACCCCUAGGACACUGACCAGCGUUGGAGGAGACACCCAGUACAACCUGCGUAACUCCUUCAACUUCCAGAGCGACGGCGUCGGGGACCUGGACCUCAGCACCUCCAACGUCUUCCAAGACGACUCCUUCUUCUUAGAGUCCUUACCCGACAAUGACGCCGACGUCCAGAAACCCGCAGAUAAUCUCUGGAUCGUCUCAGCCGAUAAUCCUUCCUUGGAGAUCCGUCUGAUCCAGGCCAUGCUGCUGGGAGUAGCCGUGGUGGUGACGCAUCUGGAGCGUAGGGCUCUAGGGGGCAGGCUUGCGGAGCUGCUGCGGCGGAAUAUCAAGUACGGGAAGGAAGGGGAGAGACGGAUCAUGAUUGGCGGGCGGGCGUACGGUUACCGGCCGAGCUUCUCCCUGUACCUGUGUACGUCAGUUCCUCUGGAGUUAACCGGCUCUGGUUUUGCACCCCUACCGAUCGAGGACACCUCGGUCAUCGACCUGUCAAUCAGCACCCAGAGACUGACGGACCGACUCCUGCAGCACAUCAUGAAGAUAGAGCGGCCCGAGUUCUACGGCCAGUGGCGGUCAAUAGAGGGCGACAUUCACAACCAGGAGGCCACGCUACAGCAGGCCGAGGAGGAAAUCCUAAGCAAGACCUUAAACCUCCCCCACAGCAUCCUGGAUGAGCCCACCAUGAGCGACGUCAUCAACCACUACCAGCAGUGCACACUGACGACAGACGCUAGCCUGCACGAGACCCACAGCCUGGCCGCGCAACUCCGUCAGAAGCAAGCCCCUUACGUCCCCGUGGCCGAGCACGGGACGUUGCUGUACUCGGUCAUCAAGCGCAUGUCGUCCCUCCACCCGCUCUACUACGUGCCGAUGGCGACGUUCGUGCGGUGGUUCCAAGCCACCGUGGGCUCGCGCAAGAAGGACCGGGCGGACAUCGGUUCGGCCCCGGCCCGCGCCGUCGAGUUGACCAACGCCGUCAUGCUGGACACGCAGGCCAGAGUCUCGCUAGGGAUGUUCCAGCCCCACGCUGAGCUCUUCGCGUUCCUUGUAGCUGCGGAGAAGAUGCGCGCAGCCAAGAAGUUGACCGAGGAGGAGUGGCUUUGGUUUGUGGGCGGAGCUACUGCAACCAAUCGGACGAUGGCAGAGGGUGGCACCAAACUGCCCGAAUGGAUAACCCCAACAAUUUGGGCCAGCUGCAGCCAUCUGGAGAGUGAGUUGUCGGCCUUCGGUGGUCUCACUCAGUCCCUGGUCAACCACAGCCAUCAGUGGCAGGAGUACUUCCAGCAUGACCCUGUCCUGUUGCCCCCCGUGCCUGGGGCUAGCCUGGCCAAGCUCACCUUCAUGCAGAAGGCAUUGCUGUGGAGAGUCGUCAGACCAGACAAGCUGGCCAGCAUUUGCCAAGACCUGACCAUCUACCAGCUAGGAUCUCACAUUGCCCGGCCCUCACAUUACAGCAUGGAUGACGUCCUGGCUCAGUGCGAUCACCACACACCGGUGGUCUUCAUCUUACCUGCCGGGUACACCAGGGACGGAGCUAUCAACAGUGGCUGCGAAGGCCACAUCGACACCCACCCCAUCACCAGGCUCACCACCCACUGCCGCCACCAGAAACCAGAGCGCACCUUGCACACCGUGUCCCUGGGCACACAGGCCCAGAUACCGACGGUCUUACAUGCCCUGGAGGAGUGCUCACAGACGGGUAAAUGGCUGCUGAUUGACAACUUUGAUCUGGUGGGCGAUGAGGGGCAGGAGAUACUGCAGUUUAUUCAGAAAAUGGUCUCAUCCAAGACUGAAGCCCCACCCGCCCCAUCCAGGCCACAAACAAAGCAAUCCAGCAGCAGGGGCUUUGUAGAAUCCAGGGGGGCUAGUGCGGCACAGGCACAGGCCAUUCCCAAUCCAGCAGGAGCACCCCAGUCAGAGGUACACACUGACUUCAGGCUUUUCCUGGUCACGAGGGCGGACAGCAACAGCACGAUGCCAGGUUUGAUCUUGCAACACGGCAUCAAGGUGACCUGUGAAGUAACCGCCAACCUACGGGAAUCCUUACGCCAUUCCUUCAAUGACGGCAUGAGGGCGCUGGAAGCCAGCAAGCACAUGGUCACGUCAAGCACUGCUAAGAUCACGAAUGAGAUGGUCUUCGGCAUUUCCCUGCUGCACACCGUGCUGUCCCAGAGAAGACGCUUCAACCAGAUUGGGUUCAGCAAGGAUUACCAAUGGUCACACAGUGACCUGCUGACGGCCCUAGACAUGCUGAGGAUCCAGCAACAACCGUUUGAUAUCUACGAGGGUCUAGGUAACCUACAGGGUCUACUCAGUAGUGUGGUGUACGGAGGCUGCAUUGAUGAAGCAGAGGACACGAGGGUUGUACAGUCCAUCGUCAGUAGUCUGGUCCUAAACUGGCAAGAUGUGGAGCAAAUGCCGGCCUCCAUGGGAGCAGCCUCCCUCCUGGCCUCCUUGCUGCCGGCCGGUCAGAGCCAGGGGCGCCACAGUCGGGCCAGCAGCGGGAGCCAGGCCCGCCGGCUACAGCGUGUGUUUGACACCAUGAAGGACGAGGCCCAGCCCGCCCAGCUGGGGCUGAUGAGUGGCACCCCUGCAAUGAUGGAGACCAGAGAGAGCCGAUACAUUUCCAGUGCCUUACAGCUCUUAGAAAGAGGCCUCUCCCACAAGGUUCCUAGUUCCUGGCGGUCGACCAUUUCCCUCCUUGAAUCCAUCAAGCGACACCUGGAGGAUCUUCCACCUUUGGAACAGCCCCCCUCUGACAGCCUCAGUUAUCUAGAGACCUUCCUAAGCUCCGAAAUCACCCUCUGGAAAACGAAGAUCACAGCCAUCCAAUCAGAGAUCACCUUACUGCUGCAGUCAGCGCUGGGCAGCAUCGCCCUACCGCCCGAGGUAGAAGGGACCCUAUUGGCCAUCGGUCAGGAUUGCGUACCCAAGACCUGGCUGUCCCCCGGACACCCACAAUGCACUGGGGUGGGAAAGUGGAUUGCGAGGUUCAAAACUCAGGCUUUGAUGUUGGAGAAGUAUGUCUGGGAAGGGGAGAGAGUCACAUGCUUUGAUUUGACAGCAUUCUCAAACCCGAGAAUGUUCUUGCGGAGUGUGCUGCAGGAGCACGCUAGGAAGGAAUAUAUUGAAGUCCACCGGCUUCUUAUGGAGACACGAGUGAUGAACACCCAGGAGCUUCCGACCACACCCCCAGAGUCUGGCAUCUACGUCGCCAGCCUGCUUCUCCACAAUGCCGAAUGGGACUCCCAGCGGCACCUGACUGUUCUUCCCCACCCUCCCGACCCCUCUGUGACCUCAAUCGACGACCCCUCCCCACUCCCAGUCGUCUGCUUCAAGCCAAUUGUGCCGUCCCUGGUAACCGAUGAUAGUCAGAAUAGAAGAACAGGGACCUACCGGUGCCCCGUGUAUAUGCAGGGGUCAGAGGUCACGAGGUUGACCCCGGAUGACCUCUUGACCCACGUGGAGCUGCCCUCAACGCUGGAGGCCAGCGUCUGGGAGCAGAAGCGUAUUUUUGUCACGCCCUCCUGAGACAAGAAAGAGAAGGGCGGGGCCAUCUGUAUAGAAAGGGGGGGGGUUGGGUUAUUAGACACAGACUUAUGGGAACUCCAAGCAAAGAUGGUAAAAAAACUCCAAGGAAAGAUGGUGAAAAAAGUUCAAUCUAUUGUUCUGUGGAAAAGAUAUUUGAUUUAAAUUGUAUUAUAUUUGUUGUGCACUUAUUAUUCAUUAAUAGCAGGUUAGGUCUUCAGAUCUAUAAAGAAUAUUUUGCUUGUAUUAAACAAAAUUAGUAUUGUAUAAAAUGCUUGUAAACUUUGUUUUGUUUUUUUAUGAACUUGGAGAGUCAGCAGUAAAGUUGUACAGAUUUCUGUGUUGAACAAUUGGUGUUUUUUUUAAAGGUUUGUUGUUUAUUUAAAAUUUGAAGAAUGUGUGAAAAAUAUUCUGAAAAGUAAGGAGUAACUUGCUUUUUCAAAAAAAGAUCAUUUACUUUGAUGCUUAAAAAAUAUAUAAAUCCGUCCGUGGAAAGGAGAAUUUUUUUUUUGGCAAAUGUGACAUAAUAAUAGUGCUUGUAAUAGCGCCCUCAACGGCCACUUUCUGCAGUUGCCAUUCCAAAUCGAAGGCACUCGAGAAGGUUAUUGUAGUUUUGGUGUGAAUAUAGCUACCCACCAAUAUCGCUUAUGUUUGGACUUAUGUGAACAUGUAUAAUGCAUUCUUUUUUGUCACUUGAAUGUUGUAAAUAUUCCUUUUGAUUUGUGGGGUUACAUAUUGAAUAUUUUUACUGCAAGUAUUUGUAAGAUAACUGUUAAAAACGAAAUAGGCCGUCCAAGUCAAAGAUGUCUUUAGCCCUGUAAUGCCUAUAUUUCCGUCCAUGAUGCGUUAUUCUUCCAUUACAUUCGUAUUGAUUCUGAUAACCCGUGUGUGAAUUAAAGUCGAGUUUGAAUUUGAAUAAAAGUUUUUGCACCGAAAAAAAAAA